UACCUAACACUUCCACGGUUUUACCUUAAAUUUCCUUUUUGUAUUUACUAUCGACAAGAUUAAAGCCCAUGUAAACUUGUGAACAAUUUAAUCAAUACUUAAAUCUGAAAACGUAUUUUGAACGACCUACCAAAUAAAGGUAACAGGUAGAUAAGACGACAUUUUCGUUAUUGCACCCGAUAUUCCCGAUUAAAAUGGCAGGGGAAAGCUUCAUGCUAACUAGUAUACUGGCAUCCAUUCUUCCUGGUGCAGUUUGGAGCAGAUCAUAUUGCUACUAUUACAAUUAUUAUUCAUACGGCUGUAACUACUACUAUAAUUAUGAAGUACCCAUUGGAACAAUCAUUGGUGCUGUGGUGGGAGGUAUCAUUGGUCUCAUUGUCUUGUGCGUCAUUAUUGCUGUCGUCUGCAUUGUCUGUUGCAAGAAAAAGACAACAGGAACCGUAAUCCAACCAGUCGGAGUUUCAACAAUAGGCUCAACAAUGGCAUACAAUGCACAUCCUCAGUAUCCCCAGUAUUCUCAAGGCUGGGGAGUGCAGCCAAGUGCUCCACCUAAUCCAGGAUAUAGCUAUAGUCAUCAACAACCGUAUCCACCACCGCCACCUGUGUCACAGCCAAUGCCCCCGCCGACGUAUGCCGAGAACGUGGUUUCUGGACAGCCUCCACGAUUUGCCAGUUAAAUCAAUAUCAUUCAGAACGUUAUGUGUCUCUUUUGAUUUUAUUUUUUUAUUUUAUCCGUCCUAUUAUGAGAUUUAUAGUUGGUGAAAGCUUAAUGUUUCCAUUACAAUUGACCACUGUUAUGAUCACGAUUCUUAAGCAUGCUGAAAAUACAGAGUAGUAUUUAAGAAAAUAAAUAUAUUUGAUUGUUCCAUAAACUGGUUUUGAUGUUUUUUUCAGUCAUGCAGAAAGACCCAUAAAUGAUCUAUUGUAACCUUUGUCUUUCCUUUCAACAAAUGCAACCGAUUUUAAGGGAGUGCUUAUUAUUGGAUAAAAGGUUAUCUUAAAUUUUAAAACUGAUAUUUUUGUGUUUAAGAUAUCACAAAUGACAUACCUAUAUUAAUUCGUACUAUACGAGCUACUAAAAAGUGUAAACUUUAUCGAACAGAAAAGUACAAAACAAGCAUUGAUAAUUUUAUUUUGAAUGGUAUUUUCUUUUUUAGAAAUUUGACUGUACAUAUGUAUACAUGUUUUCCCUUAAUGAUCAUCAAUCUACUUUUGAUAAACAAUUUAAAACAAAUUUUUCAAUAAAAAUCUUUUAAUAUUUGCAUUUAGGUACUGAUUUUUCAAGACACAUGUGUACCAAUUUUCACAGUUUUAAAAUUGUUCUUUGAGAAUGUUUUCACUAUAACUAUUUUAAAACGAAUAUAAAAUUUACAUUAAAAUGCUUUAUCUCAUUUUUGGUCGAAAUAUCCACAGUUUUUAAGAAUAAGUCGAGAAAUAAAAAAUGAAAGAUGGUAGAUUAGAGAAAAGACAGAAAGACAUAUGAUCAAAAAUGUUCACUUGAACAUUUGGUUCGGUGAGCUAAUGUUACGAUGUAUAUAAUUUUAAAGCUAAUCCAUAACCAUUUACCUGCAUGUUAAGGAAAUUACUGAAGGUUAAAACCAUAAGCUAGUUUAUUUUCACAUUAAUGAAUAUAUGUAUUAUAAGCUUAUGUAUUAUUUAUAAUAGAGUUCAGUUUUUUUGGAAUAAAUUUUAAUGUUAAUAUGUAAAAAAUAUCUUCAACAUAUGAUGUUUUGUAUU